GGCUCCUUUGCUGGUAAACAGACAUGGCCGGCGAGGGAGACCAGCAGGACGCUGCGCACAACAUGGGAAACCACCUGCCGCUUCUGCCUGCAGACAGUGAAGAUGAAGACGAUGAAAUUGAAAUGGAAGUUGAAGAUCAGGAUAGUAAAGAAGCGAGAAAACCAAAUAUCAUAAACUUUGACACCAGUCUGCCAACCUCACAUACAUACCUGGGAGCUGAUAUGGAAGAGUUUCACGGCAGGACUUUGCAUGACGACGACAGCUGUCAGGUGAUUCCAGUCCUUCCUGAGGUGAUGAUGAUCCUGAUUCCUGGGCAGACAUUACCACUGCAGCUUUCUCAUCCACAAGAAGUCAGUAUGGUGAGGAACUUAAUCCAGAAAGACAGAACCUUUGCAGUUCUUGCAUACAGUAAUGUGCAAGAAAGGGAAGCCCAGUUUGGAACAACAGCAGAGAUCUAUGCCUAUCGAGAGGAGCAGGAGUUUGGAAUUGAAGUAGUGAAAGUGAAAGCGAUUGGACGGCAGAGGUUCAAGGUCCUCGAACUUCGAACACAGUCAGAUGGAAUCCAGCAAGCUAAAGUGCAAAUUUUGCCAGAGUGUGUGUUGCCGUCAACCAUGUCUGCAGUUCAGUUAGAAUCACUCAAUAAGUGCCAGAUAUUUCCUUCAAAACCUAUGUCUUGGGAAGACCAGUAUUCAUGUAAAUGGUGGCAGAAAUACCAGAAGAGAAAGUUUCACUGUGCAAAUCUGACAUCGUGGCCUCGCUGGCUGUAUUCAUUAUAUGAUGCUGAAACAUUAAUGGAUAGAAUUAAGAAACAGCUACGGGAAUGGGAUGAAAAUCUCAAAGAUGACUCUCUUCCUGCAAAUCCAAUAGACUUUUCUUACAGAGUAGCUGCUUGUCUUCCUAUUGAUGAUGUAUUGAGAAUUCAGCUCCUUAAAAUUGGCAGUGCUAUUCAAAGGCUUCGCUGUGAGUUAGACAUCAUGAACAAAUGUACUUCCCUUUGCUGUAAACAAUGUCAAGAAACAGAAAUAACGACAAAGAAUGAAAUAUUUAGUUUAUCUUUAUGUGGUCCAAUGGCAGCAUAUGUGAAUCCUCAUGGAUAUGUACAUGAGACACUGACUGUGUACAAAGCUUCCAAUCUGAAUCUGAUAGGCCGGCCUUCUACAGUGCACAGCUGGUUUCCCGGGUAUGCAUGGACCAUUGCCCAGUGCAAGAUUUGUGCAAGCCAUAUUGGAUGGAAAUUUACAGCCACCAAAAAAGACAUGUCACCUCAAAAAUUUUGGGGCUUAACUCGCUCUGCUCUGUUACCUACAAUACCAGAGACUGAAGAUGAAAUAAGUCCAGAUAAAGUACUACUUUGUUUAUAAGUGCACCUGUAGGAGUGACUUCCUGACAGAUAAUUUCUCAAAUCAGAUCUGCCCAGACAAAACUGCCUCUGAUAAUGUGUAUAGUGGGUUACUACAUUUGGCUACCAAGUUCAACAGCAAUUGGUUUAGGGAAUGAGAGAGCAGUGUAAAACACAAGGUUGGAUUCAGAAAUACUUGCUUUUAAUAGCUUGGUGCCUUUAUCCUGUUGAAUCUAUGUCAUGAUAGGAUAAGAAAACACAGUUGAAAUAAUGGGAAUGGCUAUGGAACAGGAUAGGGGCACCACUGCUCUAAAUGAUGAAUGUUCCAGAAGCUGGGUUGGUAAGCACAAGACAGAGGCAAAGCAGUGUAAUUUUAAAAGGACUUUGCUCCUUUCAGUUUUCUUUAGCUUAUCUGAGAUACUGAUUUGUAAAUUUUGAAAAUAUUAAAGAGUAAAAUAAGCAGUUUGAGCAGAAAAAAAAUAGCAUUUGGUGUAUUUGCACUAUUUAUUUGAUGAGCCUGUGAUGUGUAGAUCCCUUUAACUAAUGUGUAUAUCCAUUUUACAUUUCAUUUGCAAAUGUAAGUGAACAGUAUAUAUUUCUAGGAUUAUACCAUUUAGGGAAUAAAGUUAAAGCAACUGAAGGGCAUCUUUAACCUGGCCAACACUAAUAUCUAUAUCCAAAUCUAUUUAGUUGAAUUAUGUCAAAGUAAUCAAGUAAAAUACUUAAAAAGUGUAAGUACAGUAAUAAAAUGUAACUCACAAAUAGGCUAUUCCUCAAUGUCAUUUUUUAAAAAAGUAGUAAAUCUAUUUCAUUCAAGCUGCAGUAAUGAAGUGGGGGAAUUAUGCCUUUACUGCUGCAGUAUAAUCUGAUGAUCCAUAUACUGUUUACCAUUACUUUCAGACAGUGCUGUUUAAAGGAAUCUUACACACACGACAUAGUGCUUUGGUGUCACUCCUUCUGUGUAGAUGGCAACAGCGGGAACUCCAUAGUUUAAAAUCCACGUUAUUUACUGACCUGGGUGAAGGAGAUUUUGAUGCCCCUAUUUUAUACAACAUAACCCUACUUGACUUUCAAGAAAAUUCAAAAUCCAAAAGCUACUGUUUGCUUGUACAGACAUCCAUGAGUGGCUAUGCAGUAAGUAGAGUUAAUUAUAAAAUAUCAAAAAUCUAAGCCAUAUCCAUCGAAUUAGUAAAAUAAUGUGUUCACUAUCUCUGGCACCUGAUAUAAAGGCAGGAGUCUCAACACAAGCCCUCCUGUUAUUCCUACAACUUUCUGAAAUAAGAAACACUCCUGUUAUAAAUAGGUGCCAUUGUGGACUAAUUCAGAAAACAGCUAAGACAACAUAAACUAAGUUAUUUUAACACAGUUACCACAUUUUAAGAUCAACAGCCAGUCUAAAUAAAUAACAGCUAUGACUUUUCUCACCUGGCGCUGCUUCAAGAUUUGGAAAAUUCAGUUAAGCUGUAUUAAAAGGAGGUAAGCUUGAGCUUAGUUUUUCCAUGUACACUCAUGCUGUUUCUUAGGGUUUCAGUAAGACAUAGAAGGAAAGAAAACCAGUCUUACCAAGACUUUCCACUGUUUCAUAUGGAGCUCAUUUUUUUAGGUCUUCUUUAUGUAACUUAGUAGUUCAUCUUUUUCCAUUUGGUAACCACUUUUCUUCCACUGUUCACGCAACUGCUGUAGCAGGAUCCCAAUUUCCUUCCCUGAAGAAAUGCCCACUUUCCUGAUGUCAUGCCCACUCACAGGAAAUGGCGGGACAGACCACUGCUGCAUCUCCUUGAGAAGACCAUGCUCUCCUUGGUACUUCAGCAGCUCACAAAUGCGGGCAGUUGCAUCCGGUUCCCUAGACUAAGUGACAUGAUUUUAUCAUAUACUAAACACUCACAAUUUCAUUCUACUAUUACUUAUAUCAAAUCUACAGUUUGAAAAGUUAUUUCUCUCCAGUUAGUGCAAACUAUUUUCUGAUCAAACCUAAUACAUACUUACAUCUAUAACGAAGUCUUGGUACGGUCUCAGUGGUUCUGAACUGUCUGUUGCUUUAACCAAGUCUUUCCUGUUUUUAACUAUAAAUAAACCCAGGUUUUUCUCCUCUUUUGAAAUUUUCAAUCUCAAAUCUAGUUUUGUGACAUCAUCUUGUACUCUGAAUAAAGCGGCCAAAAGAGUCAUUGGUUUUGGUGAAAAGCCUUCAACAUUUUUACUGACUCUGUUAAAUUCUUCUAAAUUUGCAUUAGCAGGUAAACCUGUAUAAAGAAAGGAGAAAAGUCAUUUUUUUCUUAACUACAAAACCCUCACUCAUCUCUUAAACUAUGCAGAUUUUUAAGAAUGUGUAGUGUUCUUUCUCCACUGCUUUAUCAGCCCACUUGUCACUUCCUUAACUCCUAGAGGAAAUCUAUCUAUCAUGUUCUUGUUUCCUGUAGCAAGAUGUGGUGUGAAGCUCAGGAGCUGUGACCACGUCAACAUAUGCCUUCUUAGUCAUGGUCCUGUCUGCACCCAUUCCCUACUCAGUAAUUUUAUGUUCUUGUGAAAUAGUUAAAGUUACUGUCUAGAACAUAUUGGCUAUAAUCAUUAAUUACCUUUCUAUAUAUUAAGUAUUCUUGUGACAGCUCUUCUCUUAUUAUGCAUUAACAUUGUUUCCUCCUACUUUCUAUGAAGGAACUUUUAUUUUGAACUCUUUAUGAUGAUAAACCAACUCAACCUGCAAAGCCAGUAAUGACACAGCUUCAUCAAACUCAAGUGUUCUUGCUGAACUAGUAUUUAUUUACCCAUAAAUAAACUAUUUCUACCCUUAAUCCCAAA